CCGGGACCCCUGGGUCCUGCAGGGAAGCAACUGGCACCGAAAGGAUUCCAGAGCCCUUGAUGCGGCGGGGCCAGCCCUACCCAGAUUUCCUCCUCCAGGCUUGGUCCGCUCACAGGACGCCCCCUCCCCGCUCUUCCUGCCGGGUUUCCUCUGGCCUUUUCCUGUCCCCCACCCAGUGCUGGGAGCUGGGGCAGAGGCAAAGGCUGAACAAGAGCAGUGGGAUCAGGAACCGACGGAGCCAGGGCCUCCGGGGGCUGCCGGGACCCGAAGCAGGGGCCAUGCUGUCUGGUGAACGGAAAGAGGGCGGAAGCCCCCGCUUCGGGAAGCUCCAUCUCCCCGUGGGCCUGUGGAUCAACUCCCCCAGGAAGCAGCUGGCCAAGCUGGGGCGGCGCUGGCCCAGUGCUGCCUCUGUCAAGUCUUCAUCGUCGGACACGGGGAGCCGCAGCAGCGAGCCGCUGCCCCCUCCCCCGGCGCACGUGGAGCUGCGACGAGUGGGCGCGGUCAAGGCAGCCGGGGGAGCGUCGGGGAGCCGCGCCAAGCGCAUCUCCCAGCUCUUCCGGGGCUCGGGGACCGGGACCCCGGGCUCGGGCGGCGCGGGAGGCCCGGGGACUCCGGGGGGCGCGCAGCGCUGGGCCAGCGAGAAGAAGCUGCCCGAGCUGGCGGCGGGCGUGGCCCCCGAGCCCCCGCUGGCCGCCCGCGCCACGGCGCCCCCGGGGGUCCUCAAAAUCUUCGGCGCCGGACUGGCGUCGGGCGCCAACUACAAGAGCGUGCUGGCCACGGCGCGCUCCACGGCGCGCGAGCUGGUGGCCGAGGCGCUGGAGCGCUACGGGCUGGCCCGCAGCCCCGGCGGCGGCCCGGGCGAGAGCGGCUGCGUGGACGCCUUCGCGCUCUGCGAUGCGCUGGGCCGGCCGGCGGCGAGCGGCGGGAACGGCGGCGAGUGGCGGGCGGAGCACCUGCGCGUGCUGGGCGACACCGAGCGCCCGCUGCUGGUGCAGGAGCUGUGGCGGGCGCGGCCCGGCUGGGCGCGGCGCUUCGAGCUGCGCGGCCGCGAGGAGGCGCGCCGCCUGGAGCAGGAGGCCUUCGGGGCCGCGGACGCCGACGGCACGGGCGCCCCCUCGUGGCGGCCACAGAAGAACCGCUCACGCGCGGCGUCGGGAGGGGCGGCGCUGGCCAGUCCCAGCCCAGGGUCUGGAUCAGGUCCUCCGGCUGGGUCCGGGGGCAAGGAGCGCUCGGAAAACCUGUCCCUACGGCGCAGCGUGUCAGAACUCAGCCUGCAGGGUCGGCGGCGGAGGCAGCAGGAGCGUAGGCAACAGGCACUUAGCAUGGCCCCAGGGGCGGCUGAUACCCAAAUCGGAUCUGUGGACCCCGGCGACUUUGACCAGCUGACCCAGUGCCUCAUCCAGGCCCCCAGCAACCGUCCCUACUUCCUGCUGCUCCAAGGUUACCAGGAUGCCCAGGACUUCGUGGUGUAUGUGAUGACGCGGGACCAGCACGUGUUCGGCCGUGGCGGGAGCUCGUCGGCCCGCAGCGGGUCUCCGGCCCCGUACGUGGACACCUUCCUCAACGCCCCGGACAUCCUCCCGCGUCACUGCACGGUGCGCGCGGGCCCUGAGCCCCCGGCCACGGUGCGGCCAUCGCGGGGCGCCCCGGUCACGCACAACGGGUGCGUCUUGCUGCGGGAGGCCGAGCUGCACCCGGGCGACCUGCUGGGGCUGGGCGAGCACUUCCUGUUCAUGUACAAGGACCCCCGCAGCGGGGGCUCGGGGUCGGCGCGGCCGCCGUGGCUGCCCGCGCGCCCUGGGGCCGCGCCGCCGGGCCCUGGCUGGGCCUUCUCGUGCCGCCUGUGCGGCCGCGGCCUGCAGGAGCGCGGCGAGGCGCUGGCCGCCUACCUGACGGCCGCGAGCCGGUUGCUUGCGCUUCCGGCCGCGCGAGGAGGAGCGCUGCUGGGCGAGAUCGUGCGCGCCGCGGCCGCGGGCGCCGGGGACGUGCCGCCGCUCGGGCCCGCCACGCUGCUGGCGCUGUGCGUGCAGCAUUCGGCCCGCGAGCUGGAGCUCGGCCACCUGCCGCGCCUGCUGGGCCGCCUGGCCCGUCUCAUCAAGGAGGCCGUCUGGGAAAAGAUUAAGGAAAUUGGAGACCGUCAGCCAGAAAACCACCCAGAGGGGGUCCCUGAAGUGCCCUUGACCCCCGAGGCCGUGUCGGUGGAGCUGCGGCCUCUCAUGCUGUGGAUGGCUAACACCACGGAGCUGCUGAGCUUUGUGCAGGAGAAGGUGCUGGAGAUGGAGAAGGAGGCGGACCAGGAAGGUCUGUCCUCAGACCCACAGCUCUGCAAUGACUUGGAAUUAUGUGACGAGGCCAUGGCCCUCCUGGAUGAGGUCAUCAUGUGUACCUUCCAGCAGUCUGUCUACUACCUCACCAAGACUCUGUAUUCAACGUUGCCUGCUCUCCUGGACAGUAACCCCUUCACGGCUGGGGCGGAGCUGCCAGGGCCUGGUGCAGAUCUCGGGGCUAUGCCUCCAGGGCUGAGACCUACCCUGGGCGUGUUCCAGGCAGCCCUGGAGCUGACCAGCCAGUGCGAGCUGCACCCAGACCUGGUGUCUCAGACUUUUGGCUACUUGUUCUUCUUCUCCAACGCAUCCCUUCUCAACUCACUGAUGGAACGAGGUCAAGGACGCCCCUUUUAUCAAUGGUCCCGAGCUGUCCAGAUCCGAACCAACCUGGACCUUGUCCUGGACUGGCUGCAGGGGGCCGGGCUGGGUGACAUCGCCACUGAAUUCUUCCGGAAACUGUCCAUGGCUGUGAACCUGCUCUGCGUGCCCCGCACCUCUCUGCUCAAGGCUUCGUGGAGCAGCUUACGAACCGAUCACCCCACACUGACCCCUACUCAGCUCCAUCACCUGCUCAGCCAUUAUCAGCUGGGUCCUGGCCGUGGGCCCCCACCUGCCUGGGACCCUCCCCCUACAGAACGAGAUGCUGUGGACACGGGGGACAUCUUUGAAAGCUUCUCCUCCCACCCUCCCCUCAUCCUGCCCCUGGGCAGCUCGCGCCUGCGCCUCACGGGUCCAGUGAUGGAUGACGCCCUGCACCGUGAACUGCGCAGGCUCCGUCACCUCCUCUGGGACCUUGAGCAGCAGGAGCUGCCAGCCAAUCACCGCCACGGACCUCCCGUGGACCCGCCUCCUUGAGAACCAAUAGCCAACAAGCGCGGGAACCUUGAAAUUUCCUCGGCUUGUACUCGCUGGAGCCGCCUGAGCGCAGAGCUCUCUGGGAGUUGUAGUUCUCUCUCCGUGGAAUGCUGGGAGUUUGAGUUUUCGGGUAGCGGAGGCUGGGACGGUGGGAAUUUGGGCUUGGGAUGUGAGCACCAAGGAGCAAUAAAAGUAUCUGUGGCAUUGG